GCUGUGGCGGGCGCGGGGACCGGGAGGAGCCGCAGCCGCUGAGGGCGGGAGGAUGAGUGAGGAUUACUUCGGAACGGCGGCGGACUGGGAGGAUCAGGACGGCUCUGCGCAUGAAGAUGAAGAUGGAGAUGGUGAAGAUGAUGCGGAGGUGCAGACGGAAUGUCUGGGGAAGUUUUCAAGUCGAGACUAUAUCAUGGAGCCGUCCGUCUUUAACACACUGAAAAGGUAUUUCCAGGCGGGUGGUUCACCCGAACAUGUGAUCCAGAUGUUAUCAGAGAAUUACACCGCGGUGGCACAGACAGUCAACCUCCUGGCAGAGUGGCUCAUUCAGACAGGUGUGGAACCUGCUCACGUCCAGGAGACCGUGGAGAAUCAUUUGAAGAAUUUGCUGAUCAAACACUUUGAUCCUCGGAAAGCUGACUCCAUCUUCACAGAGGAGGGAGAGACCCCAGCCUGGCUGGAGCAGAUGAUCGCACAUGUGACCUGGAGAGAUCUCUUCUAUAAGCUGGCUGAGGCUCACCCAGACUGCCUGAUGCUGAACUUCACUGUCAAGCUGAUCUCAGACGCGGGUUACCAGGGUGAGAUCACCAGCGUCUCCACAGCCUGCCAGCAGCUGGAGGUCUUCUCCCGGGUGCUGCGCACCUCCCUGGCAACGCUGGUGGACGGAGGAGAGGAGCAUCUGGAGACAAACCUGCCCGAGUUUGCGAAGAUGGUGUGUCACGGGGAGCACACCUACCUGUACGCACAGUCCAUCAUGUCGGUGCUGGCCCAGGAGGAGCAGGGUGGGGCAGCCGUGCGCAGGAUCGCACAGGAGGUUCAGAGAUACGCUCACGAGAAAGGGCACGAUGCCAGUCAGAUUACGCUGGCGCUGGGCACGGCGGCAUCCUACCCCCGAGCGUGCCAGGCACUGGGUGCCAUGUUGUCUAAGGGUGCCCUCAAUCCCGCUGACAUCACCGUGCUGUACAAGAUGUUCACCAGCAUGGACCCGCCGCCAGUGGAGUUGAUCCGAGUGCCUGCCUUCCUGGAUCUCUUUAUGCAGUCUCUCUUCAAACCUGGCGCCAAAAUCAACCCUGAGCAUAAACACAAAUACAUCUACAUCCUGGCCUACGCUGCCAGUGUGGUGGAGUCCUGGAAAAAGAACAAGCGAGUGAACAUUAACAAGGACGAGCUGAAGUCCACCUCAAAGGCGAUCGAGACUGUGCACAAUCUGUGCUGCAACGAGAACAAAGGGGCGUCAGAGCUGGUGGCUGAGCUGGGCACCCUGUACCAGUGCAUCCGAUUCCCAGUGGUGGCGAUGGGGGUGCUAAAGUGGGUAGACUGGACGGUAUCGGAGCCCAGUUAUUUCCAGCUGCAGACGGACCACACACCAGUGCAUUUAGCCUUACUGGACGAGAUCAGCACCUGUCACCAGCUCCUCCACCCCCAGGUCCUACAGCUGCUGGUCAAGCUCUUCGAGACGGAACAUUCGCAGCUGGACGUCAUGGAGCAGCUGGAGCUGAAGAAGACGCUGUUGGACAGGAUGGUGCACCUGCUGAGCCGGGGCUACGUGCUGCCUGUGGUCAGCUACAUGCGCAAGUGUCUGGAGAAGCUGGACACGGACAUCUCCCUCAUCAGAUACUUUGUCACUGAGGUGCUAGAUGUCAUCGCUCCUCCCUACACGUCGGACUUUGUGCACCUUUUCCUCCCCAUCCUGGAGAAUGACAGCAUCGUGGGAACGAUCAGAACUGAAGGCGAGUGUGACCCUGUAGCUGAGUUCAUUGCACACUGCAAAUCCAACUUCAUCAUGAUGAAUUGAGCCAGUGUAAGGACCGCCAGACGGGAAGAAAGACUUGUGGAACUUCAGACGUGCUAGUGCCGGGAGAGAGUGGUUCCCUGAGGCGUGGCGUCUCAGACACAGCCUGAGACCUGUCUGUUACCAUCACACAGCAGCCACUGGGAACCGCUCAGUGUUAACCGGGUCUGUUUGUUUACACUGAGCGGUGAGUACUGUGUAAGUGUGUGUAUGUGUGUUUUUGUACUUGCGUGAGUGUACGUGUACUCAGUUGUACAUCAUAAUGUUGAAGACUGGAGUUGUUUUAAGUUACGUUUUUGAAAUAAACAUUGCUGUGGCCCCAUUUCCAGAAAGCUCACUUCAACUUCAAGUUGAUUUCAAACCUCGCUCGCUCAUACUGGACACCAGCAUCACAACACAAACACGUGACAAUUAGAAAUUCUUCCAUUUUUAAUUCAGUUUUUCCAGCAAAACUUAAUUCAGUUACUGUUGCUUUCUGUACAUGAUGU